CGUCAUUCGUCAACUAUGCGCCGCGACUUGACAACACAGCACGCGUUUCACCUUGUUGUAAACCCAGCUGGACACGAAGGCGCAGCCCGCUGAGAUGCCAAAGUACUGCUCGGUGCCAAACUGUAAGAACGACUCCGGCAGCGGCGGCGACAGGAAAAGCUUCUACAAGUUUCCUCUUCAGGAUCCGCUCCGGCUUCAGCACUGGCUGCAAAACAUGGGCCGUGAGAACUGGACCCCCUCUCGGCAUCAGUAUAUUUGCCACGAACAUUUUGCACCUUCGUGCUUCAAGGUGCGAUGGGGGAUACGUUACCUCGAGAGCGACGCUGUGCCCACGGUUUUCCAGGCGGCUGAGCUUUUACAGUCUUUGCAGAAACGGAAAGCGGUGGAUCAGCGAGAGAAGCCCAAGCGGCUCCGCGUUGACUGCAGUCAGAGCGGAACGGGGGGCGGUGACGCGGCAGCGUCCGACGCCGUGGAAGCGGAGGGUUUUCUCCACGCGCUGCAGCUGUACGAGAUCACGGUGGACGCGCCGCAGCAGGCGGACCCCAGCCUGGUCCAGACGAGGCCGACGGAGCGCGACCACUCAGACCUGGAGCAGCCGGCGUCGGCGGAUGGGGUCAGAAUGGGUCCGACGGUCCCGUUAACUCUGAUCCAGACGCUGCACGACGGGAGCGGCGGGGACAGCGCUGAGGUGGUGCUGGUGUCUGAAGGCCAGGAUCCGCUGGUAGACGGCAUCACUGCCGCCAUUUUGGCUCAGGGCCGCGGGCUGCUCGUCGACCACUCGGCCCUGGAGCAGGCAGGCGACGCCGUGGCCUCUCUCGUUACCGUUGCCACAGAUGAGCUGUCCAACGGCGACGGGCAGGAAACCCAAGUCAUCGCCUACUUUGAGACCAUACCCAACGUCCUUCCCAGUGAGAGCAGCGCUCGCUUCAACUUCUCCCCGGACACGGUGAUGUCGUCUGCGCUGAGCUCCAAGCCCAUCACGUCCACUCUGCCCAUCGUGUCCAAACACAUGCCCGUCUCUCCUGCGUCCCUGGUCCUGGCUGUGGAAAGGCUGGACACAGAUGGGGAGGAGCUCAAUGAUGGUGCAUCAGAAGAGGAAGUAAGCCUGGAGCGGCAGGAUCACCAGCUGGAGGAACACUGCUACCACAAGAACAGUCUGAGCAAAGAGCAGCUGGAGGCGAUCGUGACGGAGCUGCAGAAAAAGGUCAAAGUGCUGCAGCAGCGCCACCGCCGCCACCUGGAGAAGCUGCUCGGCCUGGAGAACACGGUCAGCCAGCUGAGACAAAGCAACCUGCUGAAUGAGGAGCGGCUGCAGCUGCUGGAGAGGGCCUAUGUUCAGACGAGUGCAGCUGUGUCUGAUGCCGGUGAGACCGUCGCCAUCAUCUACGAGGAGGACGACGCUGCGUACGUGUAUGCUCCGCUGACCGAUGCUGAGGAAACGCCGUGAGGCUGCGACCGAUGCUGAGGAAACGCUGUGACCUCACCGCGUCUCUCUGCUGCUUAUGUGCCAAAAGGUCCAGCGCCAGCAGCUGCCGUUCUGAGCAAAAAGGAAUCGUGUGUAUGAAAUGUGGUCUCUUCCAGAUGUGGUUUAAGCUUUGCACAAACAUGAAAACUUAACAUGAGACAGCGCUGAAUGUGUUUUAAUAAGGGCUUUGUCUUAUUCUUUCAAACACGUUUGGUUUAUUACACAUUAAAUAAAAAAAUGUUCUACUACUGAUCAUCA